AUGGACUACCGUCAAUUUCUAGUGAUCUCGAUUGGGACUGGAGCAUAUAAACAGACGGAGAGGUACAGUGCCCGAGAGAGCGCUCGAUGGGGAUUGCUUGAGUUGCUGUGGAACAGAGGAAAAUCGCCACUCGUCCAAAUUUUCAGGGAGGCGACCUCGGACAUGGUGGAUAUCUAUGCUUCAGUCGUUUUCCAGGCACUGGACAGUGAGGGCAACUACAUUCGCGUACAGGAUGAUACCUUGACUGGCGCUGCGGCUUCGGUGGAUAAUUCAACGAAGUGGAACUUAAGAAAUUUAGUUCAGAUUGGGGAGAAUCUGCUGGAGAAGCCGGCGUCGCGGGUGAACUUGGAGACUGGGCAAUCGGUGCCGGUGGUGGAUGGGGAGGGAGGAACAAUGUCGAACAAGGAACGACUUGUUAAAUUUGCCAAGACAUUGUCAGAUGAAAGGAAGCUUAGGCAAGAAAACUUGAUUAUUUAUGUGGAAGCAUGUGAGAGUGGCAGUAUCUUUGAAGGUUUAAUGCCAGAAGACCUUAAUGUAUAUGUGACAACAACAUCCAAUGCUGUUGAAAGCAGCUGGGGAACCUACUGUCCUGGGAUGGAUCCUCCACCACCACCAGAAUAUAUGACUUGCCUUGGUGACUUGUACAACGUUGCAUGGAUGGAAGACAGUGAGAAUCACAAUCUAAAGGAGGAAACAGUGAAGAUGAGGACAUCAAACCAGAACACAUACAGUGUAGGGUCUCAUGUGAUGGAGUAUGAUGAUAAGAAUGUAAAACCUGAGAAGUUGUACCUUUACCAGGGCUUUGACCCUACCAAUGCCAAUUUAACUGAGAAUGCACUUCGCCUCAGCAAGAAGAUGGGAGUCAUCAAUAAGAGAGAUGCUGACCUCCUAUUCUUAUGGCACAUGUGGAAGAAGCUUGUGGUAAUGUUUGUGGAAGCUACAACUCAGCUAAGUGGAGUCCCUUUAUCAAUGGCUACAGUGCAUGAUCUUCACUUGUUGCCGCCGUUCUUACUCUUCAUCGCCCAUGCAUCGCUGUCGCCGGUGCUGCCAGCCGACACUAUCUCGACCAGUCAGAGAACAACCUUCGCCGACCUCCAUCGCGCUUCUCCGCUUCUCCUCCACGAUUCCUCUGCAGCACCACCUCUGCCAUGA